UCUACCGCAGCUAGUUUUACAGAAGUAGCUCUGAGCAGCAAGCAGACGGCAGCCGAGCUACGAUGCUCUCAGUGUUCAUCAACCGGGGAGAUAAUAAUAACGGAAGACGAGGCGAGGCUUCGGCUUGCCGAGACGGACAUCUUAGCACCGAGUAGACAAAAGGGAAGCCGCGAGAGAGCGGUGCGAGUGUUUCCUGUGUGCCGGGGGCGGCUGCUGGGCUCGGACAGGACAGGGCGGGGUGAUGUUUAGGUUCCGGUAUAAAGGCAGCGAGAAAAUGGGAACCAGACGAGAUGUAGAGCCGGCUGCCGACGCUGUUGUUUUCUACCGGAGACUAGAAUGAGAAGUUUAUCGUCCUGGUGUAACAGGGCGGCGGUGUAACCGUCUGGAGAGGCCGCCGGCGGGGAAGAAGCGUGUCUCUGCGGCACCCCUCCGCCCCCUGUCCGUCAAUAAGAUGAGGACGCUAUUUACAUUCUGUUGUCUCUUCCUCACUACCGGAGCGGACCGGGCGUGGGCCACCGGAAACCUCACUGUCGACAGCAGCAACGACACCAACCAGACAGCCGACAGCAGCAGCAGGUACAUCAGAAUCGGGGACGGCUCGUCGCAGGAAUUUGAGUUUCCUGAAUACACCAACGGCGUGAUUGUAAUCUCCAGCCAGUACCGGAGCGCCGCGGCCAGCAGGAAGGGCCGCCAGAGCUGGAAGCAGACAGUGACGGUCCGCUCCCUGGAUCCGGAGGUCCUCUCCAUCCUUAAUGUGACUGAUAGCGGCCACGCAGGACCAGCCAAGAGCUACAUUAUCAGCAUCCGCUCCGGGAUCCCAGGCAGGGCUCAGCUGCAGAUCCAGCUGCUGGACCUGGACCAGGAUUCGGUUCCGGUUCUGAUCGAGGAGAGCACGGAUUACUCCAUCAGAGUGGCGCCCGGUAACGAUGACCCGGCCACCCGGCUCAUCCAGUCGGGUGGCCUGUCCCAUUUCUCCGAGAACCCUGUGCUGUUUGCCUUGCUGCCCCUCAUCUUCAUCAACAAGUGUGCCUUCGGGUGCAAGGUGGAGGUAGAGGUGCUGCGGGGUCUGCUGAGGAGCCCGGUGCCCCUGCUCUUAGGGGUGCUGGGUCAGUUCCUGGUGAUGCCAUUGUAUGCAUACUGUGUAUCCCGGCUGGUGUUACUGCCUAAAGCGCUCUCCCUGGGCCUGGUCAUCACCUGCUCCGCUCCAGGCGGCGGGGGCGGCUACCUGUACAGCCUGCUGCUCGGAGGAGAUGUCACCCUGGCUAUCUCCAUGACCCUGGUCUCCACAGUGGUGGCGGCGGCGGCCAUGCCUUUGUCAUCAGCUUUGUAUGGUCGGCUGCUAGGCGUGCAUGCUGCCCUUCACGUGCCAUUUGUGAAGAUCCUUGGCACCCUCCUGUUCAUUGCCAUCCCCAUCUCCCUGGGUAUGCUGAUCAAGCUGCGCCUGCCCGCCCUCACACGGGUCCUGCUGGCACUCAUAAGACCAUUCAGCCUCGUGCUCAUCGUAGGUGGAAUCUUCAUGGCCUACCAAAUGGGCGCCUCCAUCCUGGCCAACGUCAGGCCACAGAUCGUGGCAGUUGGGGUGACGGUGCCUUUGCUGGGGCUGGUGGUCGGGGCCAUCCUGGCCAAGCUGGCGGGCCUGGCCCCACCGCAGAGAAAGACAGUCAGCAUCGAGGUGGGCGUCCAGAACAGCCUGCUGGCACUCGCCGUCAUGCAGCUGUCCUUCCGCCGGACAGAGGCCGACUUUGCGUCCCAGGCACCCUUCAUCGUGGCCCUCAGUAGCACCUCAGAGAUGCUGCUCAUCGUUCUGGGGUACUACGCCCAGCGGAGGUUGUGUAGGUCUGCCGUCCCCAGGAGUGACGCCUGAUUGUAGCCGCAGCUUUUUUUGUUGUGAACUUUUUGAGGAAGGAACUCUUUGAAACCUGUGGAAAUGUGGUGUCCUACAGCCCUGGCUACAAGACACCAAUCCAGGAAUCACUGUUGUGCUACACAGGACAGUGAAUGGACUUUUUGUGUUUCGUCAUUGUUUUCGUAUUUUUCAUGAAAACCAAAGGCCUUUUACCCCUCUGAGACCUUUUUUGUGUUUAUUUUACAGUAUGUACUUUUUAAAAUCAGAUUAUACUGUGAGGUACUUCAUGUAAAUAUUCCUAAAAAGAGAAAUACCUAUAAAAGAAAAGAUAUUUUUGUACCAGAUUACUUUUUGUAAUCAAAGCAAAGAUUGAUUUGCAUCAUGUUUACAAGAGGUCCAUGUGUCUUAGCCUGGGGGUGAAUUUUUGGCUGUUAGGUGGAACCGUUUGUGAAUCAAACAGGAACAUGAUGAUGUUUUGAAAGUAUUUGCUACUGAUUGUGUCUCCUGGAUCUGCGAAUCCAUGUACUUGAAUAUUCGAGAGGAGAAAUGAAGAAAAAUUCAAUAAAAAGCAUUGUUAAAAGAA